AUGCCACGCGUGCGCACUCGACAUAUCGCUCUCUGCGUCUCCAUUGUUUGUUGGAUCUAUUACUUCCUUCCCAAGGACGAAGCCUUCCCGGUCCGUCAUGGCGCGCAUCACGGCUCUACCGCCGCGUUGGCGCGCUACAUGAACGAUCCAUCUCAAAUCCCGCGCAUCCUCGCAACACCGAGUAGCUUCGACUGGACUUCCGUGAACUUUACCUACCCGCUUCCACUGGGCCCCAAGCUUCCUUCACCUUUCACCAAACGUCCUCGUAUUCAACACAACUUCACACCGGACCCGAGCAAUGUACACGCCAUACAGGAGGAGAGACGAUUGGAGGUGAAGCGAGUGUUUGCAAAGAGCUGGGCAAGCUACAGGAGCAAGGCAUGGAUGAAGGAUGCGCUGAAGCCGAUAAGUGGACAGUAUGUCGACCAGUUCUCUGGAUGGGCUGCGACAUUGGUAGACUCACUCGACACACUUUGGAUGCUAGGGAUGCGGAACGAAUUCUACGAAGCUGUCGAAGCUGUUGCGACCAUUGAUUUCGGCAUGUCUACGGCACCGACAGUCAACACCUUCGAGACGUGUAUACGCUACCUGGGCGGGCUUCUUGCUGCAUAUGACUUGAGUGGACAUGAGGUGCUGAAGGCGAAAGCGAUCGAGGUGGGCGACCUGCUAUAUGGCGCCUUCAACACGAAGAACGGCAUGCCUGUUGACUUUAUCAACUUCGAAAAUGCGAAGCAGGGCACUGGGUUGAUCGUUGAGAAUCAAGUGGUUAGCGCAAGUCCGGGUACCAUCACGCUAGAGUUCAGCAGGCUGAGCCAGAUCACGGGAAACGACAAGUACUAUGCUGCUGUGUCGAGUCUGAUGGAUGUAUUCGCGGAGAGUCAAACCAAGACGAAACUGCCAGGCAUGUGGCCUAUGAUGGUGUCCAUGCGCGCCAAAGACGUUGUUUCGGGUUAUCAGUUCACGAUAGGUGGGAAUGCGGAUUCCUUGUAUGAGUACCUACCAAAGGCGCAUGCCCUGCUUGGGUCUGCAGAGCUAAGCUCGAGCAAGUACGAGGCCAUGUCACGCUCCUUCAUGGAUACGGCGAUGAACAACUUAUUCUUCGCACCUAUGAUACCAGGGAACGAGGACAUUCUGAUCUCAGGCAACGUCGAUGUUCAUGAGGACGGUCCCAGUCUUGACCCCGAAAGCGAGCAUCUGUCAUGCUUCAUCGGUGGUCUUUUCGCGCUCGGUGGGCGGCUGUUCGACAACGCAGAAUAUCUCGAAAUCGGAGCGAAGCUUGCUCGCGGGUGUGCAUACGCCUACAAGUCUUUUCCCACUGGUAUCAUGCCAGAAAGGUAUAACAUGGUUCUAUGCCCCGGCCCUGAUCAUCGUAAAUCCUGCGCUUAUGACGAAGAGCGCUAUGCCGUAGAAGCAGCUGCACGACCGCAGUAUAAGUCCCACCUUCCUAAAGGUUUUACCACCGCUAAAGACCCUCGCUAUAUCCUUCGUCCCGAGGCCAUUGAAUCUGUCUUUAUACUAUGGCGCAUCACGGGCGAUCCUGUUUGGCGCGAGACUGCAUGGGAGAUGUUCGAAGCUGUAGCCAACGCAACGGACACAGAGCUUGCGAAUGCUGCGAUCAUGGACGUUUCUGUCAUCGGGUCAAAGAAAGAGGACUACAUGGAGAGUUUCUGGAUGGCAGAGACCCUGAAGUACUUUUACCUGUGCUUCGCCGAUACGGGCUUGGUUAGCUUGGAUGACUUUGUGUUGAAUACUGAAGCGCAUCCUUUUCGGUUAUCCAAGGGCUCUCUUUCCCGCAUAGAUCCGUCGUUACCAACACCACCGCACAUCCUCCUCGAAGCAUUACACCAAUCGAAGAUGCGUUUCUCUAUUGUUGCUGCUGCGCUUGCAGCUGCUCCUGCCGUCGUCUCGGCUGCUGAGAAGGGCAAGAUGGGAUUCGCCCUUGGAACGAAGAUGGGAAGCGGAGCAUGCAAGACCCAGCAGGAUUACUCCGACGACUUCAAGAUGAUCAAGUCGAACUCUGGCUCAACCAUUGUUCGUGGUUACGCUGCCUCGGACUGCGACAUGGCUAAGAACGCCCUCCCGGCUGCCAAGUCAGCUGGCUUCAAAGUUGUUCUAGGUAUCUGGCCCGAUGUCGAGGAGUCCUUCCAGAAGGACCUCAAGGCCAUUACCGACGUUGCCCAGCAAUACACCGAUACCAUCUACGCCGUAACCGUCGGUUCUGAGACCCUCUACCGUGGAAACUUCACUGGCGAGGAGCUCGCCGGCAAGAUCAAGACUGUCAAGGACAAGCUGCCCUCUGGCAUCAAGGUCGGAACUGCAGACUCAUGGAACAAGUUUGCCGACGGAACUGGUGAUGCCAUCAUUGGCACUGCCGACAUCAUCAUGGUUAACGCCUUUGCUUUCUGGCAGGGUGCCAGCCGUGAGAACGCUACUCAUGUCUACCUUGACGACAUGUACCAAGCCACCGCCCACAUUGAGAAGGUCGCUGGAGGCCGCUCCAAGGCCCCCGAGAUCUGGAACGGCGAGACCGGCUGGCCUACGGCUGUUGGCACCGACUACGACGCUGCGAAGGGUGGACUGGACAACGCUAAGCACUUCUACCAGCACGGUUUCUGCUCGCUGCUCGACUGGGGCUUCAACGGCUUCUACUUUGAGGCUUUCGACGAGCCAUGGAAGCCAGCUUCCAUUGGUGACAAUGGAAAGGCUGCCGACGAGACUGCCUGGGGUGCUAUGACUGCGGACCGCCAGAAGAAGUUCGACCUUAUGUGCUAG